UGAAGAAAAAUUUGCAUUUCUGCACAAGUCAACAGAAGAGGUUAUCCUUAUGUCAAGCAAAAAGACAGAUCGCUUUUCAGAGAUCCUCAGGACUUUCUACUGCUGAGCAGCAUCACGAUGGAGAGGCUCUUGUUGGGAAUCUUGGUUCUCUCAGAUGGGGUCAUUUUCUUCACCUGCCUCCGUCUUCAGCCUGUCUACCACUUUGUUAAUCAGUCUCUGAGUUGGACUGAAGCUCAGACCUACUGCAGACAGACCCACACAGACCUGGCAACCUUUCUAAGCUCAGAUGAACAGAACUUGUUUAUUAACACUCUUUCAUCUGCUGGUCACACCUCUGAUGUCUGGAUUGGUCUGUUCAGUGAAAUCGACUGGAGAUGGUCCGAUGGCCUCACGGGGAGCGGAGCCGACUACAGACACUGGAAAACUUCAUCCAGUGAACCUAGUUUUGAUCAACCAGACGAGUUAUGUGUGUCAUUCCACUACGAUGGGGGCUGGAUUACUGAAAGGUGUCCAUACGGACGAUAUUUUCUUUGUUACAAAGGCUCACAUGCGAACCCUGAAUUUGUUUUUGGGAAAGAACCAUUAUCCUGGUCCGAUGCUCAGACGUACUGCAGAAAGAACUUCAUCGACCUCGCCAUCUUCAAGAAUGACACAGAUUACCAGAAGAUCCAGGUCUCCACGCUCGGUGGAUACCGUCAUUGGAUUGGUCUAUUUAGAGAUCCAAAUCUUCACUGGUCUGAUGGGAGCGGUGUCAACUUUACCAGCUGGGAUUCUGCUCCAACCAUGAUUGGAUCGAUGCCAGUCAUAUGUGGUGUUACAUCUUCUGGGAAAUCGGGAAGAUGGAAGUUUUUGCCCUGCGAAACAAGAUUACCUUUCGUCUGUUUUGACCGUCCUGGGAAAAAACAGGUUGUGAAGAUGAGACUUCACACGGACAACUCUGUGGACCUGAAUGACCCUGUUCUGAGAGGAAUCAUCUUGACAAAGCUCCAGAACAGACUGCAGGAGACUGGAGUGAGUGUAGUUACCCUGUCUUGGAGAAAUCAGCCUGAUGGAAACGUCUUCAAAAAGGAAAAGAAAACUUAGACAUGGACCCUGUUUGCUGUUAUUUUAGGCUAAAGUGUGGAUUUUCUU